AUGCAAGAAGUGUCACUUUUUGUUCUUCCACUUGGUUUACCUUCUGAGGCUGGAAGAGAUAUUGAAAAGAAUUUGUGUUUGAGACCACCUAUGUUCUUACCUUUUAAGGAUAUUACAAUCAAAAGUAGAAAAAUGGAAGAAAAUGACAAUAAUGAUAAUAUUUUGCUAAAUAAAUUUGAGGCUAGAUUCUCUCAUUGGGAGGAUUACCAAAAAUUAGGUCCAAACCCUCCAUUAAGUUCACCUCCUGCUCGCCGUUUAUUAGCGUGUACAUCCUUUGGUGCUUUUCUAGUAAUUAAUUAUCGUUGUGUUAGUUGCUCUUUGUGCUCCGUUUUGCGUUGUUUAUAUAAAAAUGAAUUAACGGCUGGGAAUGACCAUUUAGCUUUGUUUAACCCUCUUGGACAUGUCUACACUCUUGGAACGGGAACACGGGGAGAGUUGGGACAUGGAUGUAUAGAACAAGGACAAUGGACAGAACCGAAAAUUAUUUCGGAUUUGGCAGAUGCUGGAAUACACGUGACAGAUUUAUCCUCUUCUUUAUGGCAUAAUAUUGCUUUAACUGAUGAAGGAGAUAUUUAUGGUUGGGGAUGGAAUGGUUAUGGACAAUUAGGAAUUUUGCCUGAAGAAUGUUCAAUACAACCAACUCCAUAUCCUUUUGAUUUGCCUGAUAUUUUAGAUGAAAAGGUAGAAAGUAUUAAUUGUGUUGGAAAUAAUUCUUUUAUUAAAUUCUCAAAUGGAAAGAAUUUUUGUUUUGGGGAAUUAGGUAAGAAAAAGUUUUUUUUAAUUAUUUAA